CAGGACGAGCCAAUUUUCACAUUUCAGAACUACCCAGUCUCUGUUCAAAGUCUAACCUCUUUCCCCCACUUUGUUAUUGGGCCUUCAGUGCCCUACCCGCCCUUUCUUCGGCCUCCGCGUCCUUCAUUACACACCCCUUCUUGCUUCACCAUGCCUCCCCUGACCUUGAAUCGUUUAGUUGUUUUGAGCAUAACUAGUUUCGUGAUCUUGAUCGUCUUGCUGGGAACUUUCGUCCCUGAAGCCCGAAAUGUCGUACCCAGUAUAGGAUCGGCGAAAGAAAAAGCGUGUAUUGGUGGCGCGUGUUGGACUGCUGGCAGUAACUCUUAUGUCUCUCGCCUAUCGGAUUUUCGCCAGUCGAUAUCGAAAUUAUACGACUCGAUCAAACACAGCAUAACAUCGAAAGACUACGUCGAUGCAUAUGGCGAUGAAUUCACACUCCAGCAUGGGGUUAUCUGGGAGAAACCUCUUGGAAGCAAAGUCCUUAUCAUCGACAUGGACACUCGUUCACCGGACGGCAAGAACGAAGUUUUCGGGGCUGAUAAACUAAAUUGGGAGACCGCAACGGGCGAAGGUAGCGGAGGCAUGCUUUCAGCAUCUUUCAUGAAUCAUUUUCUGUAUGCUCAAAUCCACGGCUACGAAUACAAAUUCGUCAAGUCUCAACCCCUGGAGGACCUCCACAAUACCUGGAUAAAGCCUAUAGUUCUGGAACAGUUUCUUGCGGACUACCAGUUUGUGGUCUUCAUUGACGCCGACGCUACCAUUCACCAUCUUGAAAUCCCACUCGAGUGGCUAUUCAGUCGCUGGGGUAUCGGUCAUAACACCUCGGCUGCGAUGCCCAUCGACACGAGACAGCGUCUGAACGGCGACGAGAAUGCGAGUUGCGAUAGCAAGGGCAGGAUCACCUUAAAUACUGGAUUCGUGGUAAUGCAAAAUUUACCGACCACGUUUGAGAUGCUCAAAGCAUGGAAGGAGUGUCCCACCGACGAGAGGUACAAGGACUGCAGCUACUGGAAAAAGCAUUGGAGUCAUGAGCAGCGUGCUUUUUCGGAAUAUAUACGCUACGACUUCAACGCUACCGGAGAAGAGAUUAUUAUUCCUUGUGACGAUGCGAUGGGCUACCCCACGCUCAAAAAAGACCACCCUCAUAUCCUCUCUGACUGCCGUGGCCAAUUCGUCCGCCACCAUACCGUUGACAAAUCAAUGACAAAAUCUUCGGCCGACAUGGCCAUGUUGCAGAACCUUGCCCAGAUAAUGCAAUCUGCCUUCAAGGAGCAUGAAGAUGGCAGUGGAAUCAAGGAGAAACAUUGUGGAAUGCUCAAGGGACUUUGGGGAGGAGAUUGCUGA